ACGGAGCCAGAAUUGUGGGUAUUCGUUUUCCCGAGUGUGGCUAUGGCGACAGUGGCUGGGGCUGUGCCGCCGAUUUCCUCAUGCCCCGUCUCGUGCCCCGCCAGACAUGGAGCAGGGGUGGUCGACAACUUCAGUUACCGCAGGAGCUGGAGCUGGCGCGAUCGUGACCACCAGUGGCAACAAAAUUGGUGCCGUUACAACUGCACGCCCAUCCUCACUGCGAAGGUUAGGGUAAGGCGAUGUGGAGCAUACACCAGGAGUUCAGUGACGGCCCAAUCUCGAGAUGACAAGAGGGGAAUCGUGAUAACGGGGGGGUCAAAGGGACUGGGUUACUCGCUUGCUCGAGAGUUUCUCGCUACGAAUAAUUCGAAGGUCGUUAUCUGCGGUCGCAAUGCCGAUCGACUUCAGGCUGCAGUUGCUUCACUGCAGACAGAAUUCGACGAUUCUUGCAUUCAAGGAGUACGAUGCGACGUGUCGAAUGCAUCUGAUGUUGCUGCCUUGGCUUCUUUCGCAGCUGAGAAACUUGGAACCAUUCACUUCUGGAUUAACAAUGCUGGAGAAGUGACAGGCAAGAAACUCCUGGCAGAUGUGGAUGCUGAGGAAAUUGUUAGGGUAAGCGGAACAAACGUGGUGGGGUCGUUGUUGUGCUGCAGAGAAGCCAUCCGCCUGAUGCGCCAACAGGAGAGCAGCUCUGAACCCAUAUACCAUAUUUUCAACAUGGGGUUUUCACGAUGGGGUGCCAGUUUCACGAAGUCUGCUUGCACACACAAGUCAACAAAGGUGGCUUUGACUCAGCUCACACGUUCAUUGAGCGAGGAGCUACAAGCAGCUGGUCUAAGCAGCAUUGGAGUGCAUAACCUUUCACCAGGCAUGGUCCUGACGGACCUAUUAUUGAAGGAUUCAACACCAGUUGCUCGUCGAUUCUUCAAUACUUUGGCAGAGGAGCCAGAGACCGUUGCCAAGGACUUAGUACCUCGAAUACUUGCAACUCGGGGGACGGGGCAGAGUAUUGAAUGCUUGUCGCCUGCAUCAGCAUUUUUCAAAGUAGCAACUGGGUUCCCCCAGAUUAUUCAAGGUGGCCGCUUUUUUGACAAGGAUGGAAAUCGCGUGAAAAUCCGUGGAGAGAGUUACCAGGAGAAUGGUGUGAAAUUGAUGUGAGUUUAAAUGAAUGUAACUUUGAGAACUGUAAAUUAGCAUUUUGUGAGCAGAAAGCUAUCCUCCCGCUUCCCUAACAUGCUGGUCUGGAUUAUUGCACUGAUAAUCUUCACCAUGCAACUUGGUUUGCGGUGCCGCUGCACUGGGGCACUCUGGCAGGAUGCAGUUUUGUUUAUUGUUGUCAUUACUCUACUCGAGCAUAGGCAAAAGAAAUGAAUUGGAAUUUUUUUCUUUAUAUUCAAAACAAGAAAAUCUAGGUGUAAGAUUUAGAGUUUCACUCCAUUACUAGAGAAAACAUCUUGUUGCCCUCUUUCCACACAUUUUUUUGAUAAGGGUAUUUUCAACUCCAACAAUUGGAUACCUCUAA